AUGAUGCUGCUGCUGUUGCUCGGUUCCGUCUCCUACAAUCUGGUGUUUUGCUACAUUGCCGGUGUAAUUCCCUUCGGUUACAACUUCCGAAGUGGACGCUUUGUCCAAGGCCCAACGUCUCGGUUGGUGGCAAUCGGGGCGAGCCUUCUGCUGCUGCUCUGGAUCAGUCUGCAGCUGGGCUACCGAAAGCAGUCCAAUCGGAUGGCCAUUCCGAAGGUGGGCAUGCAGGACGUCAUACACGCCAUCGAGCGUCUCGUGCUCAACGGAAACUGUCUGCUGAUCGGGGUGCUGCAAUUGCUGCACCGAGACCAGUACCGUCGGCUUCUUAUGGAGUUGUUAACUGGUGUCCGCUCGUGGCAACUGGCAUCCCAUCGCACCGCCAUCGCCAUCUUCACUAAGCUCGUCCUCCUCCCGGGCACCAUCUACGGACUACAUCUGCUCGUGUACGCAUUCUUGGUGAGCUUCGAGCUGAGCAUCGUCGAAGUGGUGCUCUCGAUGGUUUCCCUUAUUCCCAACAUGGUCCACGUGAACAACUUCUACGUCUUGAUGUCGCUUCACCGAUCGACGCUCCGGGAAAUCAACGGAAAACUUGCCAACCUUUGGACCGUCUGCAACCAUCCGACCGGUAGCAGCGACGACCAGCACCACCGUGCACUGGUCUCCGAGACCGAACCCGUCUCCAUCCGGUUGCACCGGCAACUGUUGGCGUAUCAAGAGUGUGCUGCCGGGUUGUACCGGCUUCUUCGCUUCUACGAUCUCCCGGUGGCCAUGUAUUUGUUAAUUUUGAUCGGAGAAGUUAUAACAAAGAUCUUCUUUCAAUUUACAUACUUUUACGGCCUCGUCCAUGGUCCUGCAAGUCCACUGGUGCUGGAUCUGCUGGGAGCGGCCAUGCUGGUAGUGUUUGCCAUCGAAAUCAGCCUGCUGGUCGGUGUGUGCCAGGGUAUAUCGCAAGAGAGUCACAACAUAAAAUCGUCCGUCCACCGGUUGUCCCUGGUGGCGGGGCAGGAUGCACACUUUCGGUACACGGUGAAGUCCUUCCUGCUGUGGCUGAACCAUGCGAGGCUCGAGGUCAGCAUAGCCGGCAUGUUCACGCUGGACUGCGAGAUGCUGUUCGGAAUGGUUUCCACCAUUGCCACCUUCGUCGUACUGCUGACACAGUUCCAUAUCGCCUACAGCGGUACCGGACGAACGGAACCGAACAGCUCAACCAACAUAUCACUGUUAGCCCGAGCGGCAUGA